AUGUGGUGGUGGCUGCUUGGUCUACUGAGCUGCGUGCUGCUGGUGGUGAUUGUCAUUUUCUUUUUGAUAGUUGGGCAACGCUACAAGGUAUUUAGUGAGUCGUGCCUGAGACCACCCAGACCCCUUGUCGCUGACAGCAAACUGAGGGAUGUCAGGCUGAAGAGAGGAUUUCGUGUGGACCGUGUUCCUGCUGAUCUGGACGCAGUGGUGAUUGGCAGUGGCAUAGGAGGUUUGACGGCGGCAGCACUUUUGUCCAAAGCUGGGAAGAAGGUUGUAGUUCUGGAGCAGCAUGACCAAGCAGGAGGGUGCACACACACCUUCCAAAAUAAAGGAUUUGAGUUUGAUGUGGGUAUUCAUUACCUGGGUCAGCUUCAUGAGAACAGCUUGUUGAAGGUUGCUUUGGAUCAGAUCACAGAGGGACAGCUGCAGUUUGCAAGGCUGGAGCAGCACUUUGAUACAGUGAUCCUAGGUCAGCAUGACCAGCGCAGGGAGUACCAUGUCCAUGCAGGGAAGACUGAAAUGGCAGUCAGCCUGAAGAAUCAGUUUCCAGGAGAAGAAGAAGCCAUUGAUGAAUUAAUGAGACUGAUGAAGCUUGGUUCACAGAGGACGCCACUUAUUGCCAUGUUGAAGAUCGUUCCGUACUGGUUGGUUAACUUUCUCAUUUGGACUGGCCUAUUACAUUGGAUAUCUUCAGUGUUUCGUCUUGCAACAACCAGCCAUUCAGAAUUAAUAUCCCGCCUCACACAGAGCAAGGACUUGCAGGCACUUUCUGCAUACCUGUUCUAUGGCGUCCCUCCUAAAGACUCCAGCUUUCUCAUUAAUGCCCUCCUCCUUCACCACUACAAGCGUGGUGCAUACUAUCCACGUGGGGGCGCAAGUGAAUUUGCCUUUCACAUCAUCCCAGUCAUUCAGCAAGCAGGUGGUGCAGUCCUAGUCAGGGCUCCAGUGCAACGCAUCCUCCUCAACGAACAGGGGAAGGCGUAUGGUGUGGUGGUUCUUAAAGGACAAGAAGAGAUAGAGGUUCUUGCCCCUGUUGUAGUUUCAAAUGCUGGAAUCUUCAACACCUUCAAGAAGUUUCUACCUCACAAUAUACAAGAAAAACCAGAGAUCCAGUCAUUGCUGAGUAUGGUACAUCAUGGCAUGGGUUCCUUUUUGGUCUUUGUUGGUCUGGAUGGAACCAAAGAGGAGCUAGGCAUCGUUUCCAAUAACUUCUGGAUGUAUAAAGACAAUGACUUGGACUCACUCAUGGAGCAGUAUUCAUCUCUAAGCAGAGAGCAGGUUUUGGGAAACAUUCCCAUGAUGUUUAUCACUUUUCCGUCUGCUAAAGAUCCCACAGCCAGCAUCAGACAUCCAGGUAAGUCCUGUAUGACUUUGUUAACCAUGGCACGCUAUGAAUGGUUUGAGGAAUGGGAGGGGACCAAGCUUGGGAAACGGGGACAGGACUACGUGGAUCUGAAGAACAGUAUGGCCCAAGAGCUGCUGGAAUGGGCACUAACCAUCUUCCCUCAUCUGCGAGACAAGGUAGUAAUGGUAGAUGCUGCAACCCCUCUAACAAACGUCCACUAUUUGGGUGCUCCAAGAGGUGAGAUGUAUGGAGCUGAACACAACUUGGAGCGCUUCAAGCCAGAAGCGAUUGCUAAGACACGACCACAGACUCCCAUCAGCGGUCUCUAUUUAACAGGUCAGGACGUCUUUUGCAAUGGCAUGGCUGGAGCUCUUCACGGUGGACUGCUUUGUGCAUCAGCUGUCCUCAAUCAGAUCCUCUACAUUGACCUUCUAGCCCUGAAGACCCGCCUCAAACGCAAUCAGAGUAGUCACAAAUUAACCUGGUAG